GGAGCGAGUUCGGUCCUGGCGUUCAUUUCAUUCCUGUCCUCAUUCCGAACAUUCUUAGCAUCGCUCGCGCCGCGCCGCGCCGCCCGAGCCGAGCCGAGCCUCUGCAAGCCGCCCGCCGCGGCCCCGCCGCCCCGUCGCGGGCGCCCCUCGAGCACUUUUGCAGACUCGCGUCCACCCGGCGGGCCAAGUCCGCGCGGCGGGGCCCGGGCCCGGGGCGGCCGCGUCCGGGGGGGGCAGGCCAUGCAGUGACGCACCCCCCCACCCUCACCCCCCACCCCGUCCACCUUUACCCGGAGUGCGGGCAGCAGCCCAGCGCGCCCCGGCCGGCCCCGGGGGCCAAAGCAGCCGCACUAGGCUAGGGGUGGGGUGGCCCGGCCCGGGGCUCCGGGAGCCGGGCGCCGAGCAGAGGGCGGGGGAAGCGGCGCCGAAGUUUGCCUCGGACUCGCCGCCGGGUGCUGCGGCGGCUCCCGUCGACCGAGGUUUAUUUUCUUGAAAAAGCUCCAGGCUUCGGCUUGGAAAAUACAACCGCCAAGAUUGAGCCCAGCAGCUGGAGCGGCAGCGAGAGCCCUGCCGAGAACAUGGAGAGGAUGAGUGACUCUGCAGAUAAGCCCAUUGACAAUGACGCUGAGGGUGUAUGGAGCCCCGACAUUGAGCAGAGCUUUCAGGAAGCCCUGGCCAUCUAUCCGCCGUGUGGCAGGAGGAAAAUCAUCUUAUCUGACGAAGGCAAAAUGUAUGGUAGGAAUGAAUUGAUAGCCAGAUACAUCAAACUCAGGACAGGGAAGACAAGGACCAGAAAACAGGUGUCUAGUCAUAUACAGGUCUUAGCAAGAAAGAAAGUUCGAGAAAUUCAAGCCGCCAUUAAGGUGUCUAGUCACAUUCAGGUUCUUGCCAGAAGGAAAUCUCGUGAUUUUCAUUCCAAGCUAAAGGUAACGAGCAUGGAUCAGACUGCGAAGGAUAAGGCCCUGCAGCACAUGGCGGCCAUGUCCUCAGCUCAGAUCGUCUCGGCCACUGCCAUUCACAACAAGCUGGGGCUGCCUGGGAUUCCACGCCCGACCUUCCCAGGGGCGCCGGGGUUCUGGCCAGGAAUGAUACAAACAGGGCAGCCAGGAUCCUCCCAAGACGUCAAGCCCUUCGUGCAACAGGCCUACCCCAUCCAGCCGGCAGUCACGGCGCCCAUUCCAGGAUUUGAACCUGCAUCAGCCCCAGCUCCCUCGGUCCCUGCCUGGCAAGGCCGUUCCAUUGGCACAACCAAGCUUCGCCUGGUAGAAUUUUCAGCAUUUCUCGAGCAGCAAAGAGACCCAGACUCGUACAACAAACACCUCUUCGUGCACAUUGGGCAUGCCAACCAUUCUUACAGUGACCCAUUGCUCGAAUCAGUGGAUAUUCGCCAGAUUUAUGACAAAUUUCCUGAAAAGAAAGGUGGCUUAAAGGAGCUAUUUGGAAAGGGUCCUCAAAAUGCCUUCUUCCUCAUAAAAUUCUGGGCUGAUUUGAACUGCAAUAUUCAAGACGAUGCCGGGGCUUUUUACGGUGUCACCAGUCAGUACGAGAGCUCGGAAAACAUGACCGUUACCUGCUCCACCAAAGUUUGCUCCUUUGGGAAGCAAGUAGUAGAAAAAGUAGAGACGGAGUAUGCAAGGUUUGAGAACGGCCGAUUUGUAUACCGAAUAAACCGUUCCCCGAUGUGUGAAUACAUGAUCAACUUCAUCCACAAGCUCAAACACUUACCGGAGAAAUAUAUGAUGAACAGUGUUUUGGAAAACUUCACAAUUUUAUUGGUGGUAACAAACAGGGACACACAAGAAACUCUCCUGUGCAUGGCCUGUGUGUUUGAAGUAUCAAAUAGUGAACACGGAGCACAGCAUCAUAUUUACAGGCUCGUAAAGGACUGAGCUUGGUUAUUUAUAUAUAAAGAGAUCUGUAUAUAUACACACAUACACAUCUGUGCACACACACACUCUCUCUCCACUCUUGGGUGACUGACUGCAAACCUCACCACUCUGGGUGGUGCCCUGGCCCUGAGGCCACCCCAACUUUUCUAACUCCUGUCUGAGUGAAGUCAUUUUUCCGUGUGUUGAUGCUAUCACUGUAGCUGUGAAGUUCUGGUACAGUUGUAAAAAGGAGAAAUCCAGUUGUUUCUGUGUGUCCCUCAGAUCUUCAGCCCACAGUUUCCUCGGGAAAGGGGAACCUUAACCCACGUCUCUCUUUCUUGAUUGUGGUAGAAAAUACUGAGACAGAGCAUUGGCCACGGGACGUUUCCAGCCUUUACACAAGUGUAGUUUUUUUGUUGUUAUUGUUCUCUUUUUUUUUUUUCCAACAUAAAAUUCUUGUUUUAAGAUACAAGUAAAAUUAAUCUUUAAAUAUAAAUGUAAAUUAGUACACAAAACUAAGAACCUUUAGACUUACCUUUGUAACUAAUUACGGUGGAAGUUAUGAAAGAAUGUAAUUCACUAAAUUAUUUUUUAAAUGAAACUUUUCUUUCUUUUUGAAACCAAAUGUUGAACUAUAGCCUUAAGAAAUGCUUGGUAGAAAUAUCCUAAUGAGACAAAUUUGUACUUUUUUUUUUCCUCAAGGUAAAAACUAAUCUGUUAAUCCAUUAAACUCUUGAACAGGUAUUACAGAGGAAAAAGAGCUUCACCCCUUACCCUUAACAUAUAGAGUAUAUUUAAAAAUAUAAAAUUGUAUUGUACUAAUGUGAUGAUUGAUUAUUUAA